AUGACAUCCCGUGUUGCAGAGUUCCUCGUCAACAUGAGCGCCUCCGCCGACGUCCUGGCCAUGGCCAAGGUUGAGGUCGACCUCACCACGAUCCCCGAGGGCAAGAACGUCAUCAUCAAGUGGCGUGGCAAGCCCGUCUUCAUCCGCCACCGUACCGAGUCCGAGAUCUCCGAGGCCAACGCCGUCAACGUCCAGAGCCUGCGCGACCCCCAGGCCGACUCUGACCGUGUUCAGAAGCCUGAGUGGCUUGUUAUGCUGGGUGUGUGCACGCACCUGGGUUGUGUGCCCAUCGGCGAGGCCGGUGACUUUGGUGGCUGGUUCUGCCCCUGCCACGGCUCCCACUACGACAUCUCUGGCCGUAUACGAAAGGGCCCGGCGCCGCUGAACCUGGAGAUCCCGCAAUACGAGUUCCCCGAGGACGAGAAGCUCGUCAUUGGUUGA